AUGAUGAUGCUUCCAAAUCUCUUUGCAGUGGUCUUUCUGCUGUUGACCAAGACUGGGUUGGCAAACCAACUGGCAACCAUGCCAGAAACCCCCAACCUUGGGGAUCCAACUCUGUCAGGCUAUCACUUUCGCAUUACAGUAGUUGAACAGCUUGGAUAUGUGGACAUUGAGACAGACAAGGACACAGGAGAGCUCUCCUUUUCGGGAUAUUUGAUUGAUGUCUUGAAGGAGGUAUCCAAAGAGCACCGUGCCAAUUUUACAUAUGAAUUGGCAACUCCUAGUGGCUUUGGGUCCAAGUGUGAAGGCCGUCUCAACUGGACAAAAGGGGAGGGAUUCAACCCAACGACCGAAAUUUUGGACCAUUCAAGUGCCUAUGGAGUUCCAUUUCAAUCUCAAUACAAGUGGGGAGAGAGCGAUGUCAAUGAUCGCCCGCUCUCUGAGUAUUCCACGGAUUUGUAUUGGGGUCUCUACUAUAUCACGCCGGAACGCCUGAAGGUGAACCGAUUUACAGUGCCUUACAAACCUCCAGGCAAGGGAACUCUUGGGAUGAUGGGUACUGCCACAAAUAUUCAUUCCUUUGACGACUUGGUGGCAAAUCACUCCGACCUUCCCAUCUGUGCAAGUGCAAACACUGCUUAUGUGGACUCACUGAAACUUACUUUUCCUGAGCUUACAAUCAACCUGGUCCAUGAACCAGAAAUCCACAAGGCACUGUCAGAUGGAACAUGUGAUAUAUAUGUUGGUGUACAUGCAUUACUCAGCGAUGUGGUCAGGAUCUACAGUGAAACUGGCAGGUGCACAGCCAAUGGCUUGCCCAUUGGCAUGAUUGGACAGCCAAUGGAAUUUGGUUUGAACUACUCUAGUAUUGGAGUUCGGACUGAACUACCAAAUGAAGUAGUGGAUACACUGAACUAUUGGCUUUUGGCUCUCAUGGCAUGUUUUCCAGCUGAUCCAGAGGGAGUUUGUUUUGAAGAUGGUGAUGGAGGAAGCCUUAGUCAGCUCUAUGAGGGACGAGGUGGCACAGGGUUUGAAUGUGGUUACAUCCAGUUUCCACCCUUGGCAACCAGUGAAGGUUUGAGUCCUGGUGCCAUUACAGGGAUUGUAAUUGUACCAGUCAUCCUUGUGUUGCUAGCAUCCAUGGUAUACCAUGUGUAUCAGCUAAAAGCACAGGAAAAACGAAUGAAGAAGCGCUUCAUUCAGCAACUUGCUCGAAACAUUGAGAUUGGGGGUAGUGCUCGUGAAAUCUCAGCAGAUAAACUGACAGAGGCUUUCAAGCAUAUUUGUGGUGAGGAUGGAUUGAUCAGCAAAGAGGACUUGGCCCAGUGGCUCAAUGAUCUACACAUGGACUUUUUGAGUGAAAGCGAUUUUGACCGAUUGUGGGAUACAAUGGACUUGGAGGGUCGAGGUGUAGUGGAACCUCUUGACUUCUUUGCAUUUUUGACUGAAUGUGGGCCCCAGUUCAAGGAGGUGCAUAUGGUGUACUCAGCACUGCCCAAGAUUGAACGACAAAAGUUGGCAUCACGACGCCUGUCCAACAUUAGUGCAAUGGGUGAGGAAGGAGUCAAACAAAUGGAACGAAUGAUCAACCAAAGGAGUCGAUUGAAUGUGCAAACUGCUCACAGUCCAAGCUCCAAGUCUUGCAGGUCUUUCAUGAGCGGAACAGACACGAGUUCUUCUGCAUAUUAG